UCCUUUGUUUCUGUCUCUUAUUUGCAAUUUAUCACCAAGGCGGAAUUAAUAAUACAAUUCUGCUUUCGCUUAUACACGGCGGCUGACAAGUUCGCGUCUCAUUGUAGCGCCGUUUGGCCGAACACCGAGCGUUCUUCAGUCGUGCUCCACGCGUCCAGCGAGCUGCACGCGAGGUGAAUUAUACGCGUUCCUAUCCUGUGAUUAGGCAUAAUCGCUGAAAAAUCACGCGUGUUUCAUCAAAACAGUGACUCCUUCACCUCAAAUAUUAAAAUAUACAACAUCGUUUAUCAAUGAAACACAUCGACUUUGCUCCAAAAAAUUACUGAAUUAACAUCAAAAGAAAGAAAACGCGAAAGUGUGAAAAAAUCUUGUGAGAAAUCAGUAUCUUGCUGCUCAGGCACGAUCGGGCGAUCUAAGAAUGGCAUAAAGCGGAAGGACAUUCGAUCGGCAGUAUGUGCUAUGUGAUAGUCACCGGGCGUAGUCUGCUGUGGACGCUCUUGUCUUUGGCAGCAUUGAUGGCAGUUUUAUCGGGCCUCAUUACUCCCAAGUGGCUCGUAGGACCGCCGACGAUUAAGGAUUCGAAGAACGGCACGGAGCUUUACACGCCGACUGUCGGGAUUUUCAAUCGUUGCACGCGAUUGUACGGCAAGACGCACUGCGCGAAUUUCAACGUCGACGGCUUCGCGACGGACGCCAGCGUCUUCCCGGGAUGCUGGAAGGCGUCCUUGUUUUUCUUGUCCGCGGGCCUAGCAACGAUGUCGGUGACCGUGAUGGCUGCUCUACUGGGAUGCUGCGUGCAGAGCAUCGGCCGUAAGAGCAUCUUCAAUCUCGCAGGAGUGGCGCAAGCCGUUGCUGGAAUACUAUAUAUUUUCGGAAUGAUCUUAUACCCCGCCGGUUGGAGUGCCGAUAGAGUGCAGAGGAUCUGCGGUCAUGAAGCCGACGCUUUCUAUCCAGCUAAUUGCAAUCUCGGUUGGGCUUUUUAUAGCGCGGCGAUCGGCGUCGCUCUCACCUUCGUCAGCGCCGUUUUCAGCGGACAGGCGGAGAAGUCGACGGCCAGCGACAAGGUCCAGGACAAAAUGAAUGAAGGAAAGACUCUAAUAUGCUUACCCUGAGCAUGCAAAUAAAAUCAGCGAGAGGUCUGGCCUCGCCAAACGGGUGUGACGGUACGAAACGUCGAAAAGGAUCGCUCGAAGAAAAU